AUGUACACUGUAUGUGCUGUCGCCUAUACAUGGAUUGCAACAGCAGUAGCUAGCAAGUUCGGUCGACGGGCUUGCACGCAAGCAGCAUAUACACAUGCGCGCGCCGACGACGACGCAGCAGCCCGCCGUGUUUCGCGAGCCAGGAAGGCCGUAGCAGCAGCUGCAGCAACUGGCUCUGCAGCAAUUGUGACGGUGGAGGUGGCGGAGGUGGCGGAGGCGGCGGAGGUGGCUGCAAUACGGGUUGUGUUUCGGUCUGUGACGACGGCGGGGCUGGGGCCGGCGGUGGCGGCGCUGCCUGCUGCUGCUGCUGCUGCUGCGGUUGCUGCUGCUGCGGUUGCGGUUGCUGCGGUUGCGGUUGCGGUUGCUGCAGCAGUAGCGGCGGUAGCGGCGGCUGGGAUGGAUGCCGCCGCAAUGGCACAAAUGAUUGCCGUUCCCUUGAUAUCGCCUUUUCGUCACCUGUCAGAUGACCCGUGGGUCGGUGAAAUUCUUUCGCGGUUCCAAAAAAUGCUCCGAAUCCAGGUUGUGAUCCAGAUCCAAACCCUUUCGAGUCGCGGCCGCGGGGGUAUCCGUGGAUCGUACGGCAGCAGGUUGUACGACAGCAGAGGUGGUUUAGCAGCUCGAUACACGACGGCGUGGGGGCCGGAGGUGGCGGCGGUUUGGCGCCUCCUGACGUGCGCGGUUGCUGGAGCUGUUAUGUUAGUUGUGGUGUUGGCGUUGUUGUUGUGGGUAGUUGUGGUUGUGGUUGCGGUAGUUGUGGUUGCGGCUGCCCUUGGUAGCGGUAGCACGGUUGCCGCGGUUGCUGUUGUGGCUGGAAGCGGUAGAUACCUGCUUUCGGUAGAUUGCCGCCGACACGGGUAUGUACCACGGAGCUGCAAUGUAGCUGGUUCACAAGGAAGGUUUUCAUGGCGGGGUGACGAAGAUGAUGAUGGUGUGUCCAUCGUCCUGCUGCUCAGCCUCCUUAACGGCAUCUCCCCUCCGCGGGACCUCGUCAGCACAACAUCCAGCAGCAUUGGCACGGGGUUUUGCGGCUCCGGUCGAACUUGGGCCCAGACCCUGUGUUCCCCAAACGAAAGAGGGUUUUUUUUACAUUGUGCAGAACGCAUGGUACAGGUACGACAUCAGUACGACGUGGGGCGGUAUAAGAUGGCGCAGAACAGCGCAGCUUCAUAG